AUGUCGCAAUCACAAUUUAAAUUUGCCAACUCAGAUGCCAAAGUGCCAGGCAAUGGUACCCCUCCUUCGGAGUUUACCAUCAAGGCACCAGCUUCCACAGAUAUAUGGGCCAAGCCACCCUCUACCUUCCGCUUUUCAGCCCCGAUCUUGUACAAGUCUAUCUCGCUGGAAUCAUUCAAGCGGAUUCGUGUCGCCUUCAAUGCUCCGUGGGAGAAGAACUAUGAUCAGGGUGGCGUGAUCCUUGUUCUAAAUACCGCCGAUGGUGGCCAGAAGUGGGUGAAGAGCGGUAUUGAACUCACUCAUGGCCGACCCCACCUCAGCGUUGUCGCCAAAGACAACUGGGCAGACUGGAGCUUGCUUCCAGUACCUUCGGGGGGUGGUGCGGCAACCCUGGAACUGGUCAAGGAAAAGGAUAACAGCUUGUGGAUCUAUCUUGUUGAGGGGUUGGAGAAGUCCCCUAUCCGGGAGAUCACUUGGGUCUUUGAGGAGGAGAAUGUGAAGGAUUUGUGGGUUGGUGUCUAUGCUGCCCGGCCAUCAAGUGACGGUGGGGAGUUGCCUGUCCAUUUUGGUCAUUUGAUUCUAGACCAUGAAUAG